CUUGAGAUGGCUUGGCAACCAUGCCUCACCGGGACUAGCAGCGAGUUCCGGUCAUCGUGGCCUGAACUGCAGGGCCGCCGUAAAAGUCACGGGCAACGAACCAACGGAUGCAACUUGUUGUUUUGUCCUCUUCUCUUUCGCAUCAUUCGUUCUUUCGGUCUUCUCUGCUAUUUACUCUUCCUUUCCCUCCCGUCUUCUUGUCCUCUUCUUUCGUGGGAAUUUCGUCUAUUCUGAUUGUCACUUAUUUUCAUCCUCUAAUACACCCUUUCCUUAUUUCUUAUUUACCAACCCCUCGUGGCUAGUUCCCGAGGUUCCUAUUCUCGGUACCUCUCUCAUACUCCUCCUACUUGGUCGAACUUCUCCCAGUAAACAACAAUUUCCGCUAUGGCGCAAAUCCGCGGCACCGCGGGAUACAAUCUCGGUCACCAAAAUCCCUUCGGCGGACCUGGUCGCGCAGAGGCUACAAGUGACCCUAGCCCCUUGGAUGCCAUUCGGGAACAGACUAGCAAGAUUGAAGAUUGGUUGGACACGUUGGCAGAUCCCGUCAAACCGUAUCUACCAGCCAUUGGCCGUUUCCUGAUCGUUGUCACUUUCAUUGAGGACAGUUUGCGAAUCAUUACACAAUGGAGCGACCAGCUCCUCUACCUGCGGGAAUACCGUAAAAUUCCGUGGGGCAUCACACACACCUUCCUCAUUUUUAAUGUACUCGCUAUGUCGAUAUGCUCAUUCCUGGUUAUUGCUCGCAAACACACUGAAAUCGCCGUCGCCGGCCUGUUGGGUGUCGUCGUCACCCAGGGUCUCGGAUAUGGACUCAUCUUCGACCUCAACUUCUUCCUCCGCAACCUGAGUGUUAUUGGCGGUCUCCUCAUGGUUCUCUCCGACUCAUGGGUCCGCAAGAAGUUCGUUCCGGCUGGUUUGCCCCAGCUUGAUGAGAAGGACCGCAAGAUGUACGUUCAGUUUGCUGGUCGUGUCCUGCUCAUCUUCCUCUUCGUCGGAUUUGUCUUCUCCGGCCAGUGGAGCUUCUGGCGCAUUCUGGUCAGCUUGUUCGGCCUCGUCGCAUGCGUUAUGGUCAUUGUGGGAUUCAAGGCCAAGUGGAGCGCAAUCAUCCUGGUGGUGUUGCUGAGCGUCUUCAACAUUUUGGUCAACAACUUCUGGACCCUCCACCCUCACCACCCCCACAAGGAUUUCGCCAAGUACGAUUUCUUCCAGAUCCUGUCUAUUGUCGGUGGUCUCUUGCUUCUGGUCAACAUGGGCCCCGGCCAAUUGAGUAUGGACGAGAAGAAGAAGGUCUACUAAACCGGGCUCAACUGAACGCGGAAAAUGGGGAGCGAGAAAGGCAGAAAGACAGAAAAAACAAAAAACAAAAUUCAAAUGGGCCACUGAGUGGAUGCGCAUGUGUGCUACGUACUCAUGACAUGUUUCUUAUGGGCUACCGAAAGCAUCUCUAUCUCUAUCAUUAUAUGAUCCGUUUUUUUCACGUUCAUCUUCUCAGCAUUGUUCCGGAAUCUGUUUCCCCACAUAUAGUUCAAUCAUUGUGUACUGGCUAUAAGCUCGUGAUAUAUUGGCUACAACCCAUCAUUUGCUCACUCACAAUAUACCUCAAAUCAUACGCGUUUUUCCUUUUUUCCAAACCG